CCCAUGAAGGAGGCCGACGCCAUCAAGCUUUUUGUGGGGCAGAUUCCCCGGAAUCUGGAGGAGAAGGACCUCAAGCCUAUCUUCGAGCAGUUUGGCAAGAUCUAUGAGCUCACUGUGAUAAAGGACAAAUACACUGGCAUGCACAAAGGAUGUGCGUUUCUGACGUACUGUGCAAGAGAGUCCGCCCUGAAAGCCCAGAGCGCCUUACAUGAGCAGAAAACACUACCGGGGAUGAAUCGACCAAUCCAGGUGAAACCAGCUGACAGCGAGGGUAGAGGAGGUGAGACACAGGACAGGAAGUUGUUUGUGGGCAUGCUGGGAAAGCAACAGAGUGACGAAGACGUCAGAAGGCUGUUUGAGCCCUUUGGCAGCAUAGACGAGUGUACUGUGUUGAGAGGACCUGACGGCACCAGCAAAGGAUGUGCAUUUGUAAAAUUCCAGGGACACGCUGAAGCCCAGGCUGCAAUCAACAGCUUGCACGGGAGCCGCACAAUGCCUGGAGCGUCGUCCAGUCUGGUUGUGAAGUUCGCCGACACAGAGAAGGAGCGGGGGCUGAGGAGGAUGCAGCAGGUGGCCUCCCAGCUCGGCAUCUUCAGCCCCAUGACCCUGAACUUCCCUGCCUAUAAUGCCUACACGCAGGCGCUUGUCCAACAGCAGGCCCUGGUUGCCCAGUCAGCGUACUUGUCUCCUGUGGCAACAGUCGCUGCCGUACAGAUGCAGCAGAUGGCGGCACUCAAUGCCAACGGAAUCAUUGCCACACCCAUUACACCCAUCACACCGUCCUCGGGUACAAAUACUCCACCUACUAUCGCAACAACGCCUGUGCCAACUCUCCCCCCACCAAUAGGAGUGAACGGUUACGGCAGUGUGUCAGCCCCGACCAAUGGACAAGCAACAGAAGCACUAUACACCAAUGGCGUUCACCCAUAUCAAGCUCAGAGUCCAGUAGCGGCACUGGACCCACUACAGCAAGCCUAUGCAGGCAUGCAACACUACACAGGUUGGUCGGCGUACCCUGCUGCCUACGGAUUGGUUGGGCAGCCAUUCCCCCAGCAGCCAACACUGGUUGCCCAGCAACACCAGCAGCCCCAGCAACAGCAGCAGAGAGAAGGUCCAGAGGGCUGUAACAUCUUCAUCUACCACCUGCCUCAGGAAUUCAGUGACUCUGAGAUGCUGCAGAUGUUCCUGCCCUUUGGCAAUGUCAUCUCGGCUAAGGUGUUUGUUGACCGUGCCACCAACCAGAGCAAAUGCUUCGGAUUUGUGAGUUUUGACAACCCAGCCAGCGCUCAGGCUGCCAUCCAGGCGAUGAAUGGCUUCCAGAUCGGCAUGAAAAGACUGAAAGUGCAGCUCAAAAGGCCCAAAGAUGCCAACCGCCCAUACUGA